AUGUGCGUCGGUGUAUAUGUAUCCAUCAACAGCAACAACAGUCAGCUACGCACGUUAAACCUCUCAGAAAAUAAUAUCUCACGCAUCGGAGCACGGCACUUGGCUGAAGCUAUCAACAGCAACUGUCAGCUACGUACGUUAAACCUCUCACACAAUAACAUCUCACACAUUGGAACACGGCACUUGGCUGAAGCUAUCAGCAACAACAACUGUCAGCUACGCACAUUAUACCUCAUCGCAAGUAACAUCUCAGACUUUGGAGCACGGUACUUGGCUGACGCCAUUAACAACAACAGUCAGCUACGCUCGUUAGACCUCUCAGAAAAUAACAUCUCUGAGAUUGGAGUGCAGCACUUGGCUAAAGCCAUCAACAACAAAAACUGUCAGCUACGCACGUUAAAUCUCUGGAAUAAUGACAUCUCAGACAUUGGAGCACUACACUUGGCUGACGCCAUCAACAACAACAACUGUCAGCUACACACGUUAUACCUCUCAGAAAAUAACAUCUCAGACAUUGGAGCACAGCACUUGGCUAAAGCCAUCAACAACAACAACUGUCAGCUACACACGUUAUACCUCUCACACAAUAACAUCUCAGACAUUGGAGCACAGCACUUGGCUAAAGCCAUCAACAACAACAACUGUCAGCUACACACGUUAAACCUCUCACACAAUAACAUCUCAGACAUUGGAGCACAGCACUUGGCUGAAGCCAUCCACAACAACAACUAUCAGCUACGCACGUUAAACCUCACAACAAAUCAACACAUAACAAAUGCAGGUAAGCAAAAGGCACGUAAAUUACUUAGCGAUAGUCGGUGUAAGCUUCUUCUUUAGGCCUCAGCAAUUCCAAUUAAAAACUAAAA